AUGUCGGCCGUCUUCGCGCAGCGUCAAUCCAUCACCACCGCCCGCGUCCAUCAGCGCGCGCCCGCCCGCUCGCGCGUCGUCGCGCGCGCCGGGAAGGCGACGCAAGGAAAGGGUCAGGGCGAUCUCGAUGUUGUUCGACUCACCGCGAGCGACGGCACCGCGGCGGAGGUGUACCUGUUCGGCGGCGUCGUCACGAGCUUCAAACCGAAGGGUGGCGACGAUGUGUUAUACGUCCGACCCGAUGCGAAGUUCGAUAAGUCGAAGCCGAUCUCCGGUGGUUUACCGCACUGCUGGCCGCAGUUCGGCCCGGGGGCGAUUCAAGUGCACGGGUUCGCGCGUAAUGUCGAUUGGAAGUUGGUGAGCACGACGGACGAACCGCCGUCGAUGACGAUGGAGCUCACACCAAGCGAUUACACUCGAGCGAUGUGGGACAAGGAUUUCAAGGUUACGGAGACCGUGACGUUGAAGGACGGCGCGCUCGAAGCGGUUCUUACCGUUGAGAACCCGGGUGAGGAGGCUUUCGAGUUCACUGGCUCGUUCCACACGUACCUCGCCGCGGACAUUAACAAGGCGGCUGUCGGCGGCUUGAACGGGUGCAAGACUUUUGAUCGCCUCGGUGAAUCGGAGUCUACCGUCAACGGUGACGUCAAGUUUUCGGGUCCGAUCGAUAGCGUCUACUACGGUGUCCCGGAGACGCUCACGCUCGCCACGGGUAAGCGCACGGUCACGAUCAAGUCCAGCAAGGCGUGGACCGAGGCCGUCGUGUGGACGCCUUGGACGGACAUGCCUGCGUGCUACGAAGAGUUCGCGUGCGUCGAAUCCGCCGCCGUGACCCCUGUCACCGUCGCCCCGGGCACAUCUUGGACCGCUACCACCACUCUUUCGGCGUAA